ACCCCCUCCUCCCCUUUCUGUAUCCUCCAGUUCCCCCUCCUCCUCCUCCUCCUCCUCCUCCAUUCCGCUCCCCCUCCUCGCUGGUCCCAGUCUUGAGGACUCGCUUGAAACGGGAGAAAUAAACAGAUACGGAGCAGAGGAAAAAAAGAGGACCGAGGGAGUGAUAGCGUGCAAGAAUUCAAGGCAUAUCCUCCCACCCCCUCCCCCCCCUUGAACAAGGCUCCAUCUUCAUCACCUCAGUAUUCUCUUUAAUGGAUAGAAAUUAUCCUGGUACUGGAUUCGGUGAUUUGGGCGCUGGUACGGGAUGGAGUUACGAGCGAUCGGCGAAAGCAAGCCUGGUGUACGGCAGCUCCAGGUCCUCCCACCCCGACUCAGAGCUGCUCCACCGCCAGGCCUACGGGAGCCCCCACCCCCUGCAGGGCUAUGCAACCAAUCACCAUCCAGGGAGCGGGGGACAGGGCGGAGCCUGGGGGGCAGCUGGGCGGAGCCUAGGGUUGUCAGGACUUUUUGACGCCGGCCUUCACCACCAUGGCAACCCCUCAGGUCACGACCCGUCCGUCAUGAACCUGAUCUCGGCCCUGGAGUCUCGGGGGCCCCAGCCCCCGCCCUCCGCCUCCUCUCUCCUGUCCCAGUUCCGGACUCCGUCCUGGCAGUCUGCCAUGCACACGCCGGCCCCCGCUGAGCUCUUCAUCUCGGGGUCCCUCCCCGGCUCGGGCUCCUUCCCGUCGUCCUCCGCCCUCUCGGCCUAUCAGCACCCGGCGCCCUUCUCGGGGCGUUCCUUCACCCCCUCGCUCUCCCUCCAGGACACGAGCACCUUCAGCCCCACGUCCAACGGCCUGCUGUCGCCCCACGACCCCCUGCUCCACAUCAAGCCCCCCCCGCAGCCCGGCCUGGGCUUCGACCGCCUGCUGUCCUCGCAGAGCGCCUCGGCCUACCGGGGCGGCGGCCAGGAGCCUCCGGGGCCCCCCCAGUCCCAGGGCCCCUCGGGGCCCCCGGGCCGCCACCUCUCCAGCGCCCAGUUCAACCUGCUGUCCUCCCAGCUCCAGGACCAGUCGUCCCAGCUCUACAACACCUCCAUGUUCUCGUCGGGGCCCCCCCCGCCCCCGCCCCAGGCCCAGCCCCCGCAGGAGCGCGCCGUCCCGCGGCAGGACAGCGUGAUCAAGCACUACCAGCGCGCCUCGGCGGCGCAGGCCCAGCUGCAGAGCCCCGGGCCGCACCCCCUGCAGCACUACCUGAGCUGCGGCGGCCCCCCGGGCUACCAGCAGCUCUCGGGCCACCACCACCGGCACGCCGCGGUGUCCUGCAGCCCCCUCGGGGAGCUCAGCCCCUCCUCGGACCCCAAGCCCUCGUCGCGGGCCGAGGCGCAGGCCUACCGCCCCGCCGUCCCGGCCCCCUACGCCCCGGCCCCCUCCGCCCCCUCCUCCGCCCCCUCCUCCUCCGCCGCCGCCGCCGCCGCCGCCGCGGGCCCCAAGCCGACCAAGAGCUCCGGCUCCAGCAGUGGCUACUCCUCCUCGGGGUCGGCCUCGUCCCGCACGCCCCACACGCCCCCCUCCGCCUCCUCUACCUCGUCAUCUUCCUCCUCAGCCUCCGGCGGCGGCGGCGGCGGCGGCACCUCCGCGUCGGCGCCCUCGCGCCAACAGCCCUCGUCGCAGUCGGCGCCGCCUCCCCCCCCCCCGCCGCCCCCUCCCGUGGUCUCUUCCACUCCGGUCCAGCAGGCGGCGCCCAAGCCCUGCCUCUCGGCGUACGGCUCCCCCGUCACGGCGGUGAAGCCCAGCGCCGGCCUGCAGGGCCAGACCCCCCCCCAGCAGCAGCAGCAGCAGCAGCAGCAGCAGGCCCAGUCCUACUCCCCCAACCAGCCCCCCUCUGCACACAUUGCACAGCCCUACGGGGGCUUCAACUCGCCGCAGGCCCAGGACCUGAGCUCCGGGCCGCUCCCCUCUGGCGGGAAGGGGUACGGCGGCCUGGGGCCCGGCGGACGCUCGUUCUCGGCGGAGGUGGUCUACGGGGCCGACUCCAGCUACGGCCCCCUGGGCGGCGCGGGGAGUCCGUCCCUGGGCUACGGCGGGGCGGGGGCCUCCUCGGGGAGCGGCGCGUCGUCGGCCGGGGGCGUGUCCUCGGGGUCGGGGGCCGGGGGUCCUUCGGGGGGCAACGGUGGCUCUUACCACAUCCCCGACUCCAGCCCCUCCCCCUCCGGCAACUCGGCCGUCGUCCGGCCCGGCCUGCACUCCCCGGUCCCCCCGCGGCCGACGCAGUCCCCGGGGGGGGGGGCCGGCGGCGGCGGCAACAAAUACCUGUCGUCGGUCCUCUCCCCGGCGUUCAUGUCCUCGCCGCAGGGCUACCCGGACGGCCGAGCGGCUCAGGGCCAGUCGUACCACCCCUCCUCCUCCUCCUCGUCCAAGUCCAAGGCCGAGGCCGACCUGCUGGGCGUCGAGCGGCCCCACGAGGAGGAGGAGGACGACGACGACGACUUCCUCAUCCAGCACUUACUGCACGCCCAGAGCCCCGUCCCGCACCCCUCCCAGCCCGCGGCCCAGGCCCGGGACGGCGGCUCCAAGGCGCUGCCCUACGACAUGAACAAGGCGUCGGAGGAGCGCUACCACCUGCAGAGCGUCAUCCGCACCAACAGCGCCCCCGGUGGCGGCGGCGGCGGUGGCGGCGGCGGCGGCGGCGGCGGCGGCGGGCUGGACGGCCAGGUGGAGAUGUCGCUGAAGAAGCAGCACCAGCAGGUCAAGUCGGAGCAGAGUCGCGUCGGGGCGGACCCCCACCCGCACUCGAACCCCCACGCGCACGGCGGCCAUCACCAGCAGCAGCAGCAGCACGAGGCCAUGGGCUCGGUGGUGCACUACGGCCGGGGGGACCCCUACUCACAGCACUCGCAGCACCCCCACCACGGCGCCCACGUGUCGGCGCACCCCCAGCAGCAGCAGCACCCCCAGCAGCAGCACCCCCAGCAGCAGCACCCGCAGCAGCACCCGCAGCACCCGCAGCACGGCCAGCACGGCCUGCCGCACCCCCACGGCCACGCCCACCCCAGGGAGCUGAAGAAGGGCCCCGACGCGGCCGAGCUGCCCUACCUGCGCAAGACGCCCGACGCGCAGCGGCAGGCGCGGCAGGGCCAGGCCGCCAUGUCCCUGAUGGACGCGCCGGCCGACCGGCCCGUGCCGUCGCACAUGCUGCAGUCCGUGCUCUCGCACACCGCGCGCACCAAGAUGGACCCCCAGCAGGACCCCCACCCCCAGGGCCAGUCCUCCCAGCUGCAGCUGCAGCUCCAGUCGCACGCCAUGGAGGCCCACUACGGCCGCGGGGGGCCCCAGGCGAGGGACCAGGGCCCCGGCCCCGGCGGGCAGAACUCGGUGUCGCCGCUGGACAUGCUGGAGCGCUCCCUCGCCCGGACCAACGGCCGGGACGGCGGCGCCUUGCCCGAGAGGGGCGGCGGGCUGGGGGGGGAAGGCGCCACCAGAGAGAGACACCGGCAGCAGCAGCAGCAGCAGCAGCAGCAGCAGCAGCAUCGGCUCCCCCCGCACCUCCACCCGCAGCCGUCGCCCUCGGACCUCCACGACUUCCUCUCCGAGCCCGACAUGAUGUCGGCGCCGUCGCACCUCCACCACCUCGGCGGGCAGCAGCAGCAGCAGUCCCACGGCCAACACAACGCCCAUCACCAGCCCCAGGCCCACGCCCACCACCAGCUCUCGCACCCCCACGUCGGCCACGCGCACCCCCACCAGCUGGCCGCCAACAUGGCAACCUCGCAGCAGCAGCAGCAGCAGCAGCAGCAGCAGCAGCAGCAGCAGCAGACCCAACCGCGGGAGCCGGAGCCACAGCUGGCGCAUUCCCAGUUAGAUCAGCUUAAAGAGCACCAGUUUGACACUGUGAGCCCCGUGGGCAAAGCAGGACCCAAUCAGACUCAACAGCAGCAGCAGCAGCAGCAGCAGCAACAGAGGUUCGUGCCGCUCACCUCCAUCUGCUUCCCGGACUCUCUCCUCCAGGAUGAGGACCGGUCCUUUUUCCCCGGGAUGGAGGACAUGUUUUGCUCGGAGGAUUACAAGUCGAGCUGCGUCGGGGACGCCGGGGCGGGCCAGGGCGUCCAGGAGGGCAUCGCCCAGGGCCGGGGGCAGGGCCAGGAGGCCAUGAAGGCCUCCGGGGGCGGCUACGACAUGAUGGGUCACCACGGCGACCAGGGCUACGGACAGUACUGCCACGGCCUCCCGGAGACGGGCAACGGAGGCAUGCACUUGGACCUGGACGCGCUGAAGAGCCACGAGCUGCCGUCCACCGUGAACACGGAGCAGCUCGGCCUCAUCCAGUCGCAGGCCUCCGGCCUGGGCAUGGCGGGCUCGGGCGCGCCCGGCGACGGCUCGGUGAGCAAGAUGAUGGGCGCGCCGCCGGGGCUGGGCGGCGGCGGCAACAACACGGGCCCCGGGGGCCUCACCUCGCCCAUCUUCUGCUCGUCCCGGCCCAAGAAGCUCCUGAAGACCAGCUCCUUCCACCUGCUGAAGCAGCGCCGCGAGCCCCCCGCGCAGCCCAAGAAGAGCUACGCGCAGGAGUACGAGUUCGAGGACGACGAGGACAAGGCCGACGUGCCCGCCGACAUCCGGCUGAACAGCAGCCGCCGGCUGCCCGACAUGCUGCCCGACCUGGUCUCCAGCUGCCGGAAGGCGGGCGGCGGGACCCCCGGCGGCAGCGGGCUGAGCCCCCUGAUGGGCGACAUGGAGUUCUGCCACCCCACCGCCGGCGGCGGCGGCGGCUACGCGCCCAUGGGCGCCCACCCGCCGCAGCUCCUCCCCCACGAGGGGCCCAAGAAGCGCGGGCGGAAGCCCACCAAGCCCAAGCGCGAGGGGCCCCCGCGGCCCCGGGGCCGGCCGCGCAUCCGCCCGCUGCCCGAGCCGCCCUACUGCCGCGGCCUCCUGGGCGCCGCCGGCGGGGAGACCAAGAGGGGGCGGGGCCGCGGCCGCGGGCGGGGCCGGCGGGACGAGGGGAUGCUGGAGAUGCACCGGGACAUGGCCAAGCCGCCGUGCCUGCCCUAUCACCCACAGCAACAGCAACAACAACAACAACAACAACAACAACAACAACAACAACAACAACAACAACAACAACAACAACAACAACAGCAGCAGCAGCAGCAAGUACAGCAACACGCGCCGCAGCAAAUGCCGCCGCAGCAGUUCCACCAGCAGAUGCAGCACCAACACCUCCAUCACCAGGCCGCCCCCCCGCCGCCGCCGCCCCAGCUGCACCACCACCAACACCACCACCUCCAUCAGCAGCAGCAGCAGCAGCACCUCCCCUACCCCCACCACCAGCCGCCCCCCCAGCACCAACAGCACGCCCAGCACCAGGAGCCUAUCAGACCCAUCAAGAUCAAGCUGCCCAUCGCCUCCAUGCCCUCGUCCGACGCCCUGCUGCGCACGGACUCGCUGUCCAGCAACGAGCCCGUGCUGUCGGACGGCUCGGUGGGGUCGGCGCCCUCGCUGGGCCUGAGCCCCGGGCCCCCCCCCAGCAUGGACAUGGGCAGGGCCGACCUGAACCCCAGCCACGAGAAGAUGAUGAAGCAGCAGCAGCAGCAGCAGCAGCAGCAGCAGCAGCUGAAGGCUCCCGAGAUGACCUGGGAGAGGGAGAUGGAUGAGGAACUGACCCCUGAGGCCUGGGCCACCAUGCAGAAGCUCUCUAGCACGACGGAGGACAAGGCCCCCGAGCUGAAGCCGGGCUUCGUGGCGUCCUUCCUGGACUUCCUGAAGACGGGCAAGAAGCAGCGCUCGGGGCCCGAGGGCGACGACGACGACGACGACGACGACGACGAAGACGACGACGACGAGGAGGAAGACGAGGAGGACGCGGGCGGGGACCCCUGCUCCUCCCUGAAGGGGGGGAUGCGCCCGCUGUCCACGCCGCCUCCUCCCUUACCCCUGGCCCCGCCGCCGUCGCAGCAGGAGCAGCAGGAGCAGCAGCUCGCCGCCGCCGCCUCCGAGUUCGGCGAGGCGGGCGGACCCUCCGCCGGGGAGGCCUGCGCCGGCGACGACGGAGACGACGGCGACGAGGAGGCGGGCUCGCUGGGCCUCAGCGGCUGCCCCAGCCCGGGCAAGCGGCUGGACGAGGAGCUGAAGAGGAACCUGGAGACGCUGCCCUCCUUCUCGUCGGACGAGGAGGACUCGGUCAGCAAGAACCAGGACCUGCAGAAGAGCAUCUCCUCGGCCAUCUCGGCGCUCUACGACACGCCGCACUCGCUGGCCGCCGCCAUGGCCGCCGCCGCGGCCGUGGCCGAGGCCCAGGCCCCGCCCAGCCCGCGGGCCCCGCCCCCCCUCAGCCCGCCCCUGCCCCCCACGCCGCCGCCGCUCACGCCGGCCCGCGCGGAGGAGGCGGAGGUGACGGCCGUGACGGAGGAGGAGGAGGAGGAGGAGGAGGAGGACCGGCGGCACCACCGCCACCUGGACGCGCUGGAGGAGCAGCUGGAGGAGGAGAUGGAGCAGCAGCAGCAGGAGCAGCAGAGGGCGAGGGGCCCGGCGGAGAAGGAGCAGCAGCAGCAGGACGGGGGGCCGAGGGCCGCGCACGGAGAGGGCCCCGACGAGGAGGAGGAGACGACGAGGAGACGAGGAGAGGAGGCCAGCAUGGAGGAGGCCUGGAAGAGAGGCAUGGAGGAGAGGAGGCUGGCCGACUUCCACAUGCUGGAGGUUCCUAAAGUCGAAGACUCCCCGUCCGCCCCCCCAGUUCUGGCGCCCGUCCCCCCCUCCCCCUCCCUCUCCCCGCCAGCUGCCUUGCCGGCUCCCCCGGCACCCCCCAGGCCUGACGAAGAGGAGGAGGAAGAGGAGGAGGAGGAGGAAGAGGAGGAGGAGGAGGAUGAAGAAGAGGUGGACGGCGAGCCCGGCUCCUCCUCCCCCACCGACGGGUCCCGCGGGCCGGUCCGCAGGGUCCCGCCCCCUCCCCCCCCCCACCGCCGCCGCCAACCCCGCCGCCGCCGCCGCCGUGGCGGGUCCUCCCCGCCCCCCUCGGCCUCCCCCCCGGCCGGGGCCACCUCCCCCCUCUCCGUCCCGCCGGCGGCCGCCUCCGUGCCCCCCCCCUCCGCCACGCCGCCCCCCUCCUCCUCGGAGCAGGACCACGACCACGAGCAGGAGGCGGAGCUCGACCCGGAGGCCGACGCCCCCGAGCCGGACGAGGAAGAGGACCGCCACGACGAAGACGAGGACGAAGAGGCGGCGGCCGACGUCGCCGCCGCCGCCACCGCCGGCGGCCGUCCCGCGGUCGACCGCCCGCCGCCCGCCUCGCCCUCGGCCUCCUCCUCCUCCUCGGCCUCUUCGUCGGCGUCGUCGCCCUCGCCGUCGCCGCCCCCGUCCCCGCCCACACCGGAGGAGGAGCCCCCGGCGUCCCAGCGGCUGACCUCGCUGCACCUCGCCAAGAAGCAGGCGGACGCCGCCAUCGCCGGGGAGAGCGAGGAGGAGGACAGCGAGAGCGGCGGCGAGGGGAUCUUCAGGGAGCGCGACGAGUUCGUGGUGCGCACCGAGGACAUCGGCACGCUCAAGCUGGCUCUGCAGACUGGCCGUGAGCCUCCCCCCAUCUGGAGGGUGCAGAAGGCCCUGCUGCAGAAAUUCAGCCCUGAGAUCAAAGACGGACAGCGUCAGUUCUGUGCCACCAGCAACUACCUUGGCUACUUUGGCGACGCCAAAAUGCGAUACCAACGGCUGUACGUGAAGUUCUUGGAGAACGUCAACAAGAAGGACUAUGUGCGCGUGUGCUCCAGGAAGCCGUGGCACAGAGCGGGACUCGCACUGAGACGGCAGUCCCUCCCCAAGCCGCCGCCCACUGCGCUCAGCCAGACCCCGCCCCGCGUGGAGCGGGACGAGCGGGAGCGGCUCCGCGAGCGGGAGCGGGAGCGGGAGCAGAAGGAGAAGGAGGACCGGGAGAGGGAGGAGCUGGAGCAGCGGGAGCGGGAGCGCAAGGCCAGGGAGCGGGAGGAGCGGGAGCGCAGGGAGAAGGAGGAGCGGGAACAGAGAGAGCUGAGGGACAGGGAGCGCAAGGAGAAGGAGCGGGAACGCCGGGAGCGGGAGCAGAAGGAGAAGGAGAGGGAGCAGAAGGAGAAGAGGGAGAAGGAGAGGGAGCAGAAGGAGAAGAGGGAGAAGGAGAGGGACCACAGAGAGCGGGAGCAGAAGGAGAAGGAGCAGAAGGAGCGCGACCGGAAGGAGAAGGAGCAGAAGGAGCGAGAGAAGGAGAAGAAGGAGAAGGAGCGGUCGCUGAGGGAGAGGGAGAGGAAGGAGCGGGAGCAGAAGGAGAGGGAGAGGAAGGAGCGCGAGCAGAAGGAGAGGGAGAGGAAGGAGCGCGAGCAGAAGGAGAAGCUGGAGAAGGAGCGGGAACGCCGCGAGCGGGAGAAGGAGCAGAAGGAGAAGGAGAGGCAGCGGGAGAGGGAGAGGAAGGAGAGGGAGGAGCGGGAGAGGAAGAGGCAGGCCUCCCAGGAGAGGAAGAGCGCCAGCGUCGGAGGAGGAGGAGCGGAGCGCGGCAAGCCCAAGGGGGAGAAGAGGGAGGCGGAGAAGGUGACGGAGCGACCCUCCAGGGCCCGCGGGCCGAAGGACAAGGCCGAGCCCCCGCCCAAGAAGAGGAAGAAGUGGCUGAAGGAGGUGCCCUCCUCUUCCUCGGACUCCUCCUCCUCGGCCGACGGCGCCAGCGACGACGAAGGCGCGCUGCGGGGCGGGGUCAACAGCCGGGCCAUGAGGGAGAUGUUCCGGAGCUACGUGGAGAUGCUGGUCAGCACGGCUCUGGACCCCGACAUGAUCCAGGCCCUGGAGGACACGCACGACGAGCUGUACCUCCCGCCCAUGAGGAAGAUCGACAGCCUGCUCAACGAGACGAAGAGGAGGCUGGUGAGAAGAGCGAGCAUCAACGCCCAGCACCAGGAGACCCUGCACGUGUUCCCCAAGAUGACGGCGGACCCCCUGGUCGGCUCCAUCAAGGUGCACCUGGGCGGGGAGGGCUACAACCGCAAGACCCUGAACCGCGUGAAGCGGAGCGCGCCCAAACCCCAGGACCUCAAGCUGUCGACGGAGGCGUGCCGGGUGUACAGCCUGUACCACUCGCUCCACCAUUACAAGUAUCACACCUUCCUGCACUGCAAGAAGGAGGUAGGGAACCACUGGCCCACCCGCCGCGCUCAGUAG